AUGAGAGAGGGAAGUAGCACUGAUGAUAUCAUCAACAUACUGGUGAAAGAGUUGUGGGUGCUGGCUGGAAUAGGACUGGAACAAGGAAUACCCCAUGAAGAAACAGGCAUUUCUCGGGCCUAUGUGGGUACCCAUGGCCACCCGUACAAACUUAAGAGAGUGAGAGGAGUUAGAAGAGAAGUUGUUGAGGGAAAUGAAUACAGCAGAAAUUACUUUGACCUACAGAUGUAUGAGGGAAUAGACCCAAGGCAGUGUAGGAUAGAGGUCAGCACAGAAGAUGAGUGUGAAUUAACACCAGACAAGAAUGAUGACAUGGACUUCUAUCUAAAACUACUGAAGCUUCUGGAAGAUGAAGAAGGAAGCCUGGAGGAAGGCAUACCAGAAACUACUGGAGCUUGCAUGGGGCGUGAAAGCACUGGAGUUCACAGCAAUAUAUUGGGCCUGCGGCAGGAGGUGGAGAGUGAGACGAUCCCUCCUUAUGUUGAACAGUUCGAGGAGAGCGUACAAGAUGACGUGAUUAUGGUUGGCAGCCUUUCACUGGAACAGGCUCAAGAUCAACGACAGAGGUUUCUUAAUGCACACAUUGAUUGUCGGUCACAGGAGAAGCAUCUGGUUCGGCGAGAAAAGCUGUCUGUCAAAACACAGGAGGAACAAACCAAGCAACGAGUGAUGGCAUUUGUAAGGGAAAAAACAAAGGUAUCCUGGUCCCUUGCCGUGCAUGCUUCUGAGUUUGUCUGUGGUUGAACGUUGAAAUGUCGGAAGAUGUUUACCAUUAAUUUCUUAUCGAAAUAGCAAUGAUUAGGCCCUAAUUCCUAUUUUUAAUGAAGACCCAAAAUGUUGGGCUUUUGAGAUACAUCUCCUCACUUUAUGACAAUUCAUAAGUUACCAUUGUUUCAACUGAAGCUUUGAAAUCAUUACAAUAAUCACUUCUUGUACCUUUAUUGACACAUUUCAGCAAUAUGUUUGCAUUCAGCAGAAACUCUGGUCUAAAUGUAAAACUAUAAGAUUGGAAUAAUGCACACAUUAAAUAUCCAGUAUAAUGCUAGCAAUGUGUGCUUCUGAUCAAUGGGAUGUUUUGAGUUUUUGUAUGAUUUCAAGUGAUUGUUAUAUGAUGCAAUUGUUUAUUUUACAUUUGUUAAAAAACAACUUAAGCUCAUUUGAGUGUACUUUUUCUCUCAGCGGAUCACAUUUUGUUUGUCAAGUGUAAUCAAAUGGUUUCAAUACCUGCUACAUGGACGUUUUUGUUUUAGCAACAGGAAUGUGCUUGGUUAUAUAUAGUUUAGCAAUUAUGCUAGAAUUUCAAAGCUUAAAAGAUGAUAUAAAUGGUUUGUGUGCUC